CAUCCAUUAAGUGAACAUAUAAUUAGCAAUUGGCCACAUCUGAAGGGGGGACUACAACUUGCCAAGAAUUACACAGGCAUUCAGGCUGAGAAGCCAGCUCUCAAAAGUGGUUUUCUGUGGGCUCGGCCAAAUUUUCUUGUGCUUCCUGGGCUCUUCACGACAGCACUGGAAUUCUGCAUCAGAGGGAUGGAGGCCUGAGACAAUAGACAAAGCUUUCUGUGAUCUGAAUUUGUUCAUAGAGCAGGGGCUGCCAAGGUGAAAUGACACAUUUGAGAUGUAAUGUCUGCUGGGAGAAGUUUGCUUGUGACAGAACCAAUGACGUUCUCUUCAGCUUGGAACAUGUUACUGAAAUGAGUGAGGAAAAGACGAGUGGUAAAAGGCAGGCAUGCCAGCAAUUCCCUCCUGGACCAACUCCUCUCCCAUUGCUUGGAAACUUGGUGCAAAUGAACUUUCAGUUACAUCGGGAUCUUCUGAUGGAGCUGGCAAAAACUUAUGGCAACAUAUACACCUUGUGGUUCGGGUGGGCACCAGUGAUCAUACUGAAUGGAUUUCAGGCAGUGAAGGAUGGCAUGACCACACACCCUGAUGAUGUUUCUGGAAGGAUGGUAUCUCCUUUCUUCAGAGCAAUGGCCAAAGGAAAAGGUAUUAUACUGGCAAGCGGUCGCUCAUGGAAGCAGCAGAGACGCUUUGGUAUAAUGACUCUACGCAGUCUGGGGAUGGGGAAAAAAGGCCUGGAGUAUCGAGUGCAGGAGGAGGCCUCUCACCUGGUGGAGUUCUUUGUGAGCCUGAAAGGAAGACCUGUGGAUCCUUCUUUCCCUCUUUUCCAUUCUAUUUCAAAUGUAAUUUGUGCUCUGGUUUUUGGAUAUCACUUCUCUGAUGAGGACAAAACCUUCCAUGAACUGAUCAGUGCCACAGAGAACGUAUUCAGAUUUGCAGGCAGCUUCAUUUAUCAGCUGUACGAAAUCUUCCCCUGGCUGAUGUGCCGUCUCCCUGGUCCUCAUAAGAAGGCAUUGUCUUGCUACGAUGUCCUCAGUUCUUUUGCAAGGAAGGAGAUUAGAAGGCACAUGGAGAGAGGGAUGCCAGAUGAACCGCAAGAUUUCAUUGACUUUUACCUGGCUGAGAUAGAGAAAUCUAAAGAUGAGGACAAGCCCAAGUAUGACGAAGACAAUUUGGUGUAUGUUAUAAAUGACCUUUUCCUUGGUGGCUCAGAGACUUCAAGCACAACCUUGUACUGGGGACUGCUCUACAUGGUGGUGUAUCCAGACAUCCAAGAGAAAGUGCAGAAGGAGCUGGAUGCUGUUCUGGGUCCUUCCCAGUUAAUCUGCUAUGAGGAUCGGAGAAAGCUGCCCUACACGAAUGCUGUGGUUCAUGAAAUCCAGCGCUUCAGCAACAUUGUCUUUGUCGGCAUGCCCAGAGUGUGUGUGAGGAAUACAGAACUGCUAGGUUUCCCUGUCAAAAAGGGCACCAUUGUUUUGCCAAAUAUAGCAUCUGUUCUGUAUGAUCCUGAGCACUGGGAGACACCUCGGGAGUUCAACCCUGGCCAUUUCCUGGAUAAAGAAGGAAACUUUAAAAAUCGAGAAGCCUUCUUACCAUUCUCAGCAGGGCACCGAGUGUGUUUGGGGGAGCACCUAGCAAGGACUGAGCUCUUCAUUUUUUUUGCCAACCUUCUCCGGGCAUUCACCUUCCGCCUUCCUGAGGGAGUGACAAAGAUCAACACAGAGCCCAUUUUUGGGGCCACGCUGCAGCCCCACCCAUACAAGGUUUGUGCCAUUCCACGCUAGGAUGCAGCACAUCGCAGACCAGUGUGACGCAGCCACCUUUACCUCAGUGAACUUCCUCUCAAAUGUAAAAACCUUCCUCUACCAGCCAGUAUAUUGGUAUUAGUCUAUCCCAGGACUAUCCAGAAAGCAGACACAAGCCAAGGUCCAGGCAACUUUUGGGUCGGUCCCAGAAAACCUUGCAAGGAUCUUAACCUGUUUUUUCCUCUUGGAGAGCACCUGAGCAAGAUGCUGUGGUUCCCAGUUGUGAAGACAGCCUGCUGUGCCUCCCUGUGCUGGCCAAGAAGGAACAUUAUGGUAAUCACUAUGGAGCAAACCUCGGUAAAACUCAACAAAGGACCUCAGCAAGAGCUAAGUAGGUUUCAUUUCUGUGAGAGUUUUGAUGUCCUCGAGCCAUUUGACUUUAAAGUUCUGCUUUUGCUUUACUGUCCUGAACUUAGGCACUCUAAUUUGUUGAGAGGUACAAAUAAAAGAAAAAGGGAAACACACUAGAAUAUGGGUGCAUUGAUGUCUGAGUUUGAGGUAAGCAUCUCUCCCACGUGGAAGAUGAAGAGUCAAUUUGAAGUUGAAUAAACUUAAAUUUCAUAUUUACUAACAACAUGAAUGUGUUGCUUGGCAGUGUGAUCAUUGCUAUGAUGUAUUGACAGCUUUAUUAUUAUUUCUUAAAUCCAUUUUCUAUGAUGUAGAAUCAUGCUGACAUUAGUCACUAAGAGGUUGGGACUUCAUGAUCUAAUCAGGCCUUCUGCUUGUCAGAUGAACACAGUACCUGGUAGCAGUAGGAGCCCAUUACCAAUUCUGCCUGAAAGAAACAUGAAUGUGGGGUGAGAUAUUCAGUUUGCCAGUGGAUUUCACUGCUACCUGCUUGCAGCACAGGCAUGUAAAGACUUUGAAAAGCAGCAUAUAGGGACUUUUUGAAUGCUGAGAUGUACCUCAUCUUCUCUGGGACCUUUUCUUCAUUAUAACUCGGACUAUACUUCCUGCCCUCCAUUCAAUCUCUUUUCAAUCUGUCCUUCCCCAUUUUCAGUUCCUACUCCCAUCCACUCCAUAUAAACUCUGUUUCAGGAUUCACCUUCCCUUUUGGUUUCCCACCACUUACAUCCUUUCAACAAAUCAAAAUUCUGUCUCUGACUCGGAGUACUAGCAGAGGAAUCAACAAGUGUUGAGCUGAAAACAAUGAUCAGUGAGUAUUCAAGAGGGAGCCUGGAAGAUUUCAUUUAUUUCUCCUUCGAGGUUCUAGACCAUAGAAAGAAGAGCACAGUAACUACAGAGGAUGCACUGGGGGUAGCUCAGUGUAAGAAAAGUUAAAUGAGGACUUGAUGCAGGAAUCCUAAAAUAUCUGUUACUUAAUGUAGCUGCUUACUGGCACGGAUUCAACUCAAGACAGAGACAGUUGAAGCAUACAGCUGGAGAUGAUAGCCAAGUUCAUCUAUAGCUACGAUAAAUCAAAGUGCUGGAGUAUUCCUGGGUCCAAAACACUUUUGGAAAAGAUUCAAAUGUUGGAGUUCAGUAAAGCUGUAAGCACUGAUGCAAACUUAGGACUGAAUUUGUAUGAGUACCAAAAGUGUUUUUAUACUGGGAUGUAAUCUGUUUGUAAUUAAAUCAUUGUGGUGCAUCUGAACUUCCUAAUUUAAAAUGGA